CUUCUCAUACUACAGCAUUCACUUCUACGGUGGCAGUGUUUGUGUGUACGCAACUUUUUUUCACUCUCAAUUUAUUUCUUCCCAUCCCAAUGAUCCCACCGAACAGAAAAAGAGUAAGAGAGAGAGAUAAUUGUUGUUAUUGUUGUUAAAAAGCUUCAUUAAAGUGCCUUCAAUUCUCCUCCUCUUUCAACGCCCCUUUCUCAACUCAAUCCAAUUUUCUUCUGCUUCCCUUCGAAUCCGAGAUCCGCUUCCAAUCUCAUUAAUGGGUUCAUUUUAUCUUGGUACUUUUUAAUGGGUUAUUUCUCAAUGCAAACAAUUUAUUCCUCAAGGGUGUUCUGUUUUGUCAGAUCCUAGGUUUUGCUACAUUUCUUCACAGCCCAACAAUUUAUAAACCAGGCGAAGCAUAAGAAUGGGUGAUGUGAUGGGUCCUGACUUGAUAAGUGAUCUUCCUCAAAGCAUUAUAGAGAGCAUUCUGGUACAGCUUCCAAUUAGAGAUGCUGUGAGAACUAGCAUUUUGUCAAGUAAAUGGAGGUAUAAAUGGGCUUCAAUUACUCAACUUGUGUUUGAUGACAAAUGUGUGCCUUUUAGUAAUGAUAGGGAGGCUGUUGAGAAGAGUGUUGUCAAGUUCAUCACCAGGGUGCUGUUUCUUCACCAAGGACCAAUUCAUAAGUUCCAAAUCACGAAUUCGAAGCUGCAGAGUUGUCCUGAAAUUGAUCAGUGGAUUCUCUUCCUUUCGAGGAACGAUAUCAAGGAGUUGGUUAUGGAGUUGGGAGAAGGGGAGUUUUUUAGAAUACCUUCAAACCUUUUCAAUUGUGGGAAGUUGACUCGGUUGGAGCUAUCGCGGUGCGAGCUGGAUCCGCCACAUAGUUUUAAGGGGUUUGCGGGAUUGAGGAGCCUCAACCUCCAUCAAGUUUUGAUAUCCCCAGAUGCUGUUGAGAGCCUUAUUUCGAGAUGCCCUCUCUUGGAGAGUUUGUCACUGGCGUACUUUGAUAAUUUGGCUCUUACUAUCUGUGCCCCGAAUCUUAAGUACUUGUAUCUUGAAGGUGAAUUCAAGGAUAUAUGUCUUGAAGAUACCCCACUUUUGGUUGAAAUAUCCAUUGCUAUGUAUAUGACUGAUGACAUUGCUGAGCACUUUGAGCAAAGCUCAAAUUGCAAUUUUGUCAAGUUUCUUGGUGGUGUGCCCAAUCUUGAGAAGCUUGUUGGACUUAUCUACUUCACAAAGUAUUUGAGCAUAGGUAUUGACUCGGUGCAUCCUCCAAUGAUGUACCACAAUUUGGAGAGUAUUGAAUUAUAUCAAGUAAAUUUUGAGGAUAUGGUGGAGAUACUUGUCAUCCUUCGCUUGAUUACUAGCUCUCCCAAUCUAAAAGAACUACAAAUUUCAGGUUCAUCAAACAUACCAGUUGCUGUAGAUACCCCAGACUUGGAUUUUUGGGAAAAAGAAUGCCUUUCAGAUUCUACACUUAACAAGCUUAAAACUGUGAAGUUGUCAGAAAUGGGUGGUUGGCCACAUGAGAUAGAAUUCAUCAAAUAUUUGCUUGGCCGUUCUCCUGUUCUCGAGACAUUGAGUAUCAUUCCUUGUGUAUUUGAUAUGGAGAAUAAUUUGAAAAUGUUGAUUGAAUUGGUGAAAUGUCGAAGAGCUUCUACUAGAGCAGAAGUUAUUUUCACCCACGAGUGAAAUUGUGGACUGUAUUAUAAAAUGCAUUAUUUUAUACCAUUUCCAAUGCUAUUUCUCCUUGGUUGAUGCA